UGUCGGUGGGGAUGCGUGGGUCAGGUCGCUGGGUCCGGCCGUUACCCUGACGGUGAGAGGCCGUUAUCAGUGAAGCCUGGCCGGGCCGCAGCGUCCGCGCUAACUUGCCCGAACACCCGGCCGGUGGUUCCUGACACCCGCUCCCUCCGGGCGCCGGGCGUCUGCUAUGACCACUUGCUGUCGGCUUGGGGGUGUUGCAAGCCCAGAUGUGACUGGACAACAAGGUGUUGUUUUGCUUGCUUUGGCCGCAGAUAUUUUAUUUGCUGCUCGAGGUCCGACUGUGUGAAGGUGAACGUUUCACGCAGGAAAAAGCGUUCCUGCUUCAUGUUUUCAGCAGCAGUAGCAAAUUUGCCACAAGUGAAAAUGACUGGCGCCUAGGACCAGUGUGAACUGAACAUUCACUUGCUGCAACACCAGAUUCCAGAUCUCCUGCGGCACUGUUUACGGGACCCUGAAGUUACCUGAAUGGAUAGGCGAAGGGUCUCGACUCAAUCCGCUGGUCAGGAUUGUCCAGGGACAUUGAAGUCUGGGGCAAAAUUUAAAAUUCCAAAGAAGAAAAAGAUUUCUGAGGUGGACAAUGUAGAGACACAUUCUCCUCUAUCCAGGCUUACUGAUUCACGAAUUGAAAACUUAAAAGCAUCAAAUAAAUGUUGGCCAUUAUCUUAUAAUACUUUCAAUAAAACAAGAAAUCAUCAUUCGAUUGCUUAUAAUCAAAGGAGGAGCUGCCCAUCAAGACACAACUUUCCUGGAUUUGGACAACUGAAGGAACCCAGAAUUAUACUCAAAGAUGUGCUGAUGACAGAUUCAGGAAGACAACAUUUGCUACACCCAAAAAAAGGAGACUGUAGCAAUGUCGAAAAUACUGACACUUCACAUGCAAAGCAUCACACAUCAGCAACCAGUGAGCUAACAGAUAAUUGUCACGAGGAAAUCAAAACAUCUCACCACGAUAGUCAAUCCAACAUUUUAUCCAGCAGUGGGAUGCAGCCAGAGAGGAAAUCAGAAUGUCGUAUCCGAAAGCAGAAUGAAAAUUCAACCAGAUCAAAGGAAGAUGAUACUUCAUCAUUAAGAAAUUCAGAAAAAGAAGUCAAAGGCAUUUGUAAACUAAAACAGACAGAAAAAAGAGACCAGCUUUGUGAACGUAUAAAAAUAAAUGAAAGCCAGUGCAAAAUAGACCUUCAUAAAGACACUUUGACAGAUUCACCUCUUCCAAGCCCCAAGAAAAAAAGAUUGUGCGCUGAACUUCAGGAUCAUCCUAUCAGAAGAGAGAUUAAUAGAGCUGCAUGUUCACAGAAGGAAAAUGAGGAUUUGCUGAAGAAGCUGCUUGUUUGUCUAACAUGCAAAGAGCAGACUGAAAAUUGUCAUUGCUUUAGCAAUAAUGCAGAAGGAAAGGAUCCACUCAUGGAGAUUACCAAAACUGAAUCUGGUCUACAGCAACAACCACUUUCUCCACUGAAUAUGAAGCAACAAAGCCCCAAUCACAAGGACCAAGAGUCUGUCAAUAAUAACCAUUCAACCCCUGAUGAUGAUAGUAAUUGGAGGGAAUCCCUGUGUACUCCAGUACCAAAUGGACAGAAAACCAGUGCAUUGUUUCUAAGUUUACCUACAUUGAAUCCCCAGAUUAAGCCCUUAAAACCAGCUGUAGUUUCAAGUGAGCCAAUUGUGCUUUCCAGUGAUGAUGAAGAUACAGAUAAAAUGCAAUCUGGUCUUCAGUACACCACAUUAACUCCAGAGAUUAAACGUUUACGUCUGGGGAGUAAGCCACUGUCAACUGACAACUUCAAAAAAGAAGCUGAGACUCAUUCAGCAAAAUGGAAGCCAGAGAACGUAAAGCCAUAUACAACAGAACAGGAUACAGGUGAAAUGAAUGAGCAGAAUAAGUUAUCUGAUGCAGUGCAAAGUAUGGAUGAUUCUUUGGAAACUAGCACGAUGGCAAAACCAACACUGGAUCUCAUCUUUGCGGCCCUACACAUGGGAGAAAUUGAAGGAAAUGAACAAGGUUCUGUCAUGUUUGGACCUGACAAUAUUGCAAUAAACCUUUCCAAUAUAACCUUUACAGGUUGCUCUACAUUACUUCUGGAUACCUCUCACUUGAAGAAAUAUAGUGUGUGGGAGAGACUGUCUGACUCGAUCUUUGAGAAUCACUCGAUUAUUUUCCUUUGGUUUGCUACAGAUUAUAUAGAUGAAAUCAACAAACAGUUAAAACUCGCUCCUUUAAAACAGGACUAUAAGUGCAGUGAAUAUAUCUUCAUUCAGCUUUUCAAACCUUUGCAAGCAACAGAAACAACAAUAUUGAAGAAAAUUAUGACUCUUACCGGUACAAGGCAUGAAAUUGCAGACUUGUGUGAAACUAUGUCAUUGGAAGAGACUUACCAAUUACUUGCUAAGUUUGAUUCAGAGCAGAGCUCCUUCUUAUCGUCCUGCUGCAAAAAUUUACAGCAACAAGUAGAUACUGCUACAUUAUCACAGGAUUACCAGCUAUCGCAGGAAGAAAAUGCAAAUUCAACAAGGGCAAACAAUUAUACCUUGUGUCAUAUACGGAGAAAGGAUCAUUAUAUAGUUUCGCUCGCUUCAAAGCAGGAGAAGCAGAGACACAUAUUUAGGCGAAAUGGACCAGUUCAGAAAAUAAUAGUUUUCCCUCCUCCACCAACUAAAGGAGGACUUGCAGUUACAACUGAAGAUCUUGAAUGCUUGGAAGAGGGAGAGUUUCUCAAUGAUGUCAUUAUUGACUUCUAUUUAAAGUACCUGUUGCUUGAGAAAGCACCCAAAGAACUUGCUGAGCGUACUCAUAUUUUUAGUAGCUUUUUUUAUCGACGCCUGACCCGGAAGGAUAAUGCUGAAUCAGAGGAGGUGAAUAAUCUCUCAAUACAACAGAAGAGGCAUCAACGUGUGAAAACGUGGACCCGUCAUGUGGAUAUCUUUACAAAGGAUUUCAUAUUUGUGCCUAUUAAUGAAGAGUCCCAUUGGUACCUUGCUGUUAUUUGUUUUCCUGGGUUAGAUCAAAUAAUUUAUGAGUCUGAUUUAACAAAUGAACCAAAGGCAAACAGAUUACUUUCAAAUCCAUCUUCCAUACACUCUAAUAGUGAAAACAUAAGUAGAGAUCACAUAUCAUCACCAGAUGAAACUGAUGGGAAUACCUCUCAAAGUGUGCCAUCAGAGGAUUCAGAAGAUAAAGACUCCAGCACUGCUCCCUGUGUAACACCUUCCACUUCACCCAGCCCCAGCACACAGGAAUGUAUAAAAGUACCCAAGAAUCUACACCAACAAAGAGAAAGGAUACUCAAACAGCCAUGUAUUCUAAUAAUGGACUCUUUAAGAGCAGCUUCACAAUUGCACACAGUGAAGAUUUUACGAGAGUAUCUACAGAUAGAGUGGGAAGUGAAAAAAGGAGGACAGCGCAACUUCACAGCUGAUAAAAUGAAAGGCUCAGUCCCCAGAGUCCCGAAGCAAGAUAACAGCAGUGACUGCGGCAUUUACUUACUGCAGUAUGUGGAAAGCUUUUUUCAGAAUCCCAUCACAAAUUUUGACUUACCAUUGCAGCUGGAUAAGUGGUUCCUGCGUCAGGAAGUAAAGAAAAAACGGGAGGAAAUACAAGAUUUGAUUCUACAUUUACACAAUCAGCAGAGAACUGAUACUGAAUGAAUGCAUGUACAUGGCACACAUAGUAUACUAGGUCAUUUCAAAGUUGCUGAUCAUCUUGGAAGUAUGAAGAUUUUAAAUUCAACUGUAAAUGUUUGAACUAGGUGACUAAUAUGUAGCAUAUUCAGUUUAAAGCAGUUUUGUUUAUAGCAAUGUACAGUUUAAUAAAUUAUACUGAUUUGUGACAUCUUGCUACUUGCUGUUUAUUUCUUGUGUUUGUUUCUGCCCUCACAAUGGCUAAUGUUGUCAGCCUUUUAGAGCACUUAACUCCCCUGCCAGAGGGUACCUUACUAACCUUUAUCAAAGUAUAAACUUGAUGUGGUUCAGCUGUUACAAAAAUGCUUGUUCAUCAAUUGGAAUAUUAACGGGUGGAUAAAUGUUCAGAACAAUUUAUAUUCUGCAGCACAUUGCUUUCAAGUAAUUACAGAAUUGGAGAUGUGAGUAAUAUGAAAUCUUAAAUAGGUUAGAACAAUUUUCAAAUAUAUUCUGUAUAUAAUACUAUAGCGUACCUGCAGAUUUUCUUUCAUUAAUUCCCACUGAGUUUUUCUGCUGUGGUUUUUUGACUGUUGAGAUGGGCUGGACAAGAGUGAAAGCAGAUCACAGUGCAUUAAUGAAAGAAUUAAGCAAAGGUGCCAACUAUUGUUUUUAAGAGAGGAGGCAUUGUCAAAUGUCAUAUUUUGCAUAAUUCAAUGACUACUUGUAUAUUUUAAGUUUGUCAUUGUGGGAACAGGAUGAAUCUUGGCAGGAAAAGAAAGCUCAAAAUGGAGAAAAUGAAAAACUAAGUACAUUAUGUUAGUCUCCCUUUUGGAAAACUGUUCUCUAGCUUUGUGUAGUUUUUCAUCCAUAUUGAACAGAUGCAAACAAUUUUACCUUGUUAUCUAAAAAUAAACAAUGUGUGAACGUAGAAAUGGCAGAAUUAAUUUUGGAAUACUGGAGAGAUGCAAGUAACCUAUAUGCAAUAAUUCAUUUCUCAGUU